AUGGCAAAUUCGAAUUCGGAUAAUGAGCUGGAAAUGGAAGUCAUCAAAGAAGCGCGCUUAGAAAAAGAAUCGACUGUUGAGCCACAGAAAUCAGUAGAUUUGAAAGACUCGGACGAAGACUCAGAUGAGCAAGAUUCAGAUGAUGACGAAGAUAUUAUAACGACGGGAACAGUGGUGAAGGAAGCCGACAUUCUCAUUCACCCCCGUGGCGGUUGUCCGAUUCAUCCAUUCAGAAAAACGUUCAAGGAGAAAAAGUCAUCGCGAAGAAUGAAAAGUUCUGCGAAAAAUGCUUCUGCUACAUUUGCGACAUUGAGGCAUCAAAAUGCGAUUAUUGGACCGAUGCAAAAGUACGUCAUUGUAAUGCGUACCACACGAAAGACGGGCUAUGGAGAUUUAUUCGCGAGAAAUAUAAAGAGCGAAAAGCGAAGAAAGAAAAUCUGUUGGCAAUUAAACGAGAUCUCCAUGAGCAGCGGAAACGGUUCAAAAAGAGAAAGAACGACUCAAGCGAAAGGAAGAAGAACGACAACAAAAAUCCAAAACCAAGAAGCGUUUACUUACCAAACUCAUGAAGCAUUUGAAGCCUAUGAAUCUACUGCACCGCCAGCUGCUGGAGUUACCUUGAAUGAUACAGAAACACUUCCAGACUUUUCUAAAACUCAGCCUGCAAAGCCAAAGAUUCAAAUGAAGAUAAAUUUCUCCAAAUCACUAGGCCAAAGCUCAGAACAGAUUGAUCAGGAUGACAAUGACGGUCUGACAGACCCAUCUGCUCCAAAGAAAAAACGGCCUGAGGAGAAGAGCUCUGAAGAAUCUCCAGAAAAGUCAAUUGCCCUUGCAAGAGUUCGAAAUGCGAGUGGAAAGUCAGGAGAGUACUCAGAUCUACCGCAUACGGCGGUGGCACUUCCAGAAGAUCAACUCAAACCUGCUGGUUCUGGUCUUUCAAACUCAAGUCUGAGCCAUUUGCAGCAAUGGCUCGCAUCAACAAAACACAACGCUAACCUUGAACUAAAGAAAGCCCAGGAAAAUUUAAAGGCGAUCGAAGCGCCUGGAAGAUCAACUGCUCACUUCAAAAAGCUCAGCGGUAUUCGAUUCCAGAGAGUUUAUGAUGAGAAGGAAGACGCAAGCAAAAAGAAUGAGCCAAAAAAGUUUCAUACGUCGAUUCCAUUUAAUUACAAUCAACGAGGCGGAGGUCCACCAUCAAGGGGAUUCGUUGAUCGAGGACGAGGAGCACCGCUGGGAAGGGGAGGUAUUCGAUUCGACAUUCGUGGACGCGGUGGAGGAUCCAAUACAAGUGGAGGAACAAGUCAAGGUGGAUUCACUUUCCGUGGAAAUAAUUCGCGAGAGGAGGAAGGCCGCCAUCAAGAGGCGAUUUUGGACGAGGAAGAGGGAAUGGAUUUUCUUCCCGCGGCGGCCCCGGAUUUUCUCGUGAUCCACCGCGGCGGGAAUCAUACGAAGAAGAAAAUCGUCCUCGAUAUGGAAGUGCUCCAAAUCCUCGUCGAGGGCCUUCCUCUUAUACAAGCUCGAACACUGGUCAAAGAAGACGAGAAAACGACAGGACACAAGGCGAUUACUCCCGUGGAGGUCAACGAGAUCAUCUGUCGUCGCGUGAUAGUCGCCCAAAUUCAACUCGGAACGUUCCGCGAUUUGACGAAGGAAGAAUCGACCGCCCCAUGGGACGACGCAGCGGUCCUCACUCAAGCGCCUAUGAUCAGCUUCUGCAGGACGUCGAUAAGCACCGUGAAAUCUCAAAGAAAAAACAAUGGGAAAAUUCAAAACUCGAUCGAGACAUUCAAGCAGAACUGCGGCGAACGGAAAGAAAAUCUGAGCCUAUUUUACUUGAAUGGCAGACGCUGCUCGAAAGCGACUGGCAAAAGAGGUGAAGCAGUUGAAGAAAAACCACUUGACUUGAUCUGGACUGAACCAGAUCCAGCGAACAUCCAAGAGUGGCACUAUUGCUUCGAGGGACCGAAAGAUACUCCGUACGAAGGCGGCUUCUAUCAUGGUGUUUUGAAGUUCCCCAACGAGUACCCUUUCAAGCCGCCUGCAAUCUAUAUGUACACGCCAAAUGGACGAUACAAGCAAAACACUCGAAUUUGCACUUCGUUCUCCGACUUCCAUCCCGAGUCCUGGCAAUCGACGCAAACCAUUUCAACAGUGCUAGUUGGACUCCUCUCUUUCAUGACUGAGGAAUGCCCCAACGCCAUCGGGGGCAUGCAAGAAUCCAAAAGUGAACGAAAGAAGAUGGCCAGGGAAUCUGGUGCCUUCAACAAACGGAACGAAAAGUUCUGCAAGCUCUUCCCCUAUCUUCUAGAACGAAUGUAA